AGCAACACGCACCUUACACCUUUGAUAGUGUGGUAAAAGCAGAGCAACGUAGCGAACCUUAUUGCAAACAACAUCAGCAGGAAGGCCUUAUCGAUGCCUAAAUUUGAACUUGCCUAACUACACACACACACACACACACACGCUGCAGCGAGAAGCAUUGGCCCACCAACCAUGGCGUUUCGGUUCUCUCAGUUGAUAGUGCUGUUGGGUCUUUUCGUGGGUCUUCUAAGCCUUUCCCUCACAGAUGCAGUGGCAACCGAGGCAGCACGGAAGGGUGCCUAUGUGCCGCUGACGAGGCGCCGGUACACGAUGCUGAUCGAAGAGCUGACGGGCGGCUUAGAUGAGAAGGGCACCCGUCCCACGCUCGUGUCCGUCACGGAGGAAAAAAUGCUGACGCUGCCCGCGAAGUCAGCCGCCGCGGCUGCCUGGGAGGGCGACGCAGAGGCCAGCGAGAUCGACACCGAGGCCGCAGCAACGCUGACGUUCGACGAAGACUUCGACCCCAUCUGGUACUACGUGCUACGUCGCCGUGGCUUCGAGCACCUUGACUGGUCCGGUUGCGGCGGCAAGUGGCGUCCCGAGUGGUCCAUUCCGAAGCGCAGCGGCACCGCCCCGCCCGGCAACGAAGCCUCUGAGCUACUUUUCGACCAGCUGCAUCACUACCUCGCCCACCACGCCGUCUGCACGUACUCCUCCGUGUCCUUCUGCGGGGCAAGCCACGAGCGGGACGCUGCGAGUCAGUUCCAGUGGGCCGCGCAGUUCAUCUCGACCUUGACGUCGUCACCGCUGAGUUGGACGUCGGCCACGCCGCGGCACACACAGCCCAACGGCAUCCUCUUGGAAAGUCACUGCGACAACGUGCACCGCGGCACAGAGGACGUAAACGGAGGGGCCGCUGCGUACUGGUGCUCGUACCACUUAGUGUACCAUGACACCUUGUGCACGCAGCACGUCAGCCCGCUGCUGAAUGGGGGGCGGUCGGGCCGCGGGGUGCAGGAAGGACUCCCGCAGGGCAUCUUCAAGGCGGUGUUUCCAUCCUUUGUCCACUUCUUUGGCAGCCCCUUUCACCACUUCACGGUCAAGGCGACGCAAGAGCGUAGACCCGCCAACGUCUCUCUCGGCACGCCCGCCGUCGUCGAGCUGAAGGUGCAGCUUCGUAUGAGCAUGGUGGCGCGGGAGCAGGCGGAUCUGGAGGCGCUGGCGAGCGUCUGGGCACGCGAGUUGCCCGCAUACGCCGACGGCGGCCGCUUAGCAAUUUAUGUCGGACCUGGCGGUCUCUCGGCGAGUCUGCGCGCGGCGCUUCCCGAGUCCGCCAUCGUGUCCGAAAAAGACAACGAGGCCGCCGCUCCGACGAAGAGGGCGAGCGAUGACGUGGCCGCGUCUACGGAGGACAGCGGCGACGGCGGCGUCGCCGUAGGUUGGUCCCCCGAGGUGCGCUACGAGGUGCACAGUCGCGGCAAGGACCACGGCUACUUAACGGUGGAGCUGCAGCCCGCCCUCGCCACUCUCGACGCGCAGGUCGGCGUGCACGUUGGCGACAACGCAAACGCCGGCGACGCGGCAUCACGCUUCCACCAGUACCGCCUGCGUGAGGGCGACGUGGUGCGCACGCUGCUGCUCUUUCCGCUGCACCUUAUCCGACCCUCUCUGUACAACAUGGAGUCCCUCGUCGGAUCGACACGGCUCGUGCACGCCCACACCGACGUCAGCUCCAACACGCUGGCCGCGCUGCUCGAGACACCCGUUACGGCGGUGCACGUCGCGGCCUACGAGGCGGCGUACGCGCAGGCGCUGUUGCGGCACCACCACGGCAGUUCAGCGGGGCACACCGACCGCAAGCGCGGCCGACCGGAGGGCGUCAUGCUCGGUCGCUUUCCGCUUUCCUUUGGUUGGACGGCCCUCCACUCGAUGCCGCCUGACGAUAACGGCAAUCGCAUCGUCCCGCAGCCGGUGGUGGUCAUCACCCGUCCCUUCAACACAUCGGAGAGCGCGGCAGAGGAGGAGGGCGAAAAGGACUUCUGCGCCGCGCAGCGCGACGCUGGGCCGGCACAGGGCGUCCCCCCGCUCGACCACGUCAGCUCGCUUGCCGCGAUGUUUCAGAUGCUCAACCACACAUUCGUGUGGAGGGACGGGAAGGCGCCGGCGGCGGCGUCCUCCGCGGGGCGCAACUCUCUCGUGCCCUCCAACCUGGACGGUGGAGCGGCAAGCACGUGUGUGUACUGGGUGCGGUCGACGGUGGCGAGCGGGACGACGAUUCCUGGGCCGGACGGCGCAAUGGUGUUCAACGUUCUCUCGCUGGGAUUGGUGUUUUCUGCCGUCGGCGCUGGCAUCUUCACGCGUGUUACGCGGCGUCUGACUCUUCAGCCCGAAGACUUGGACACCUUUAUGAAGGCAGAGGCGGAUUAG